GCGAGUGCGCAGGCGCGGUUUUUCCGGCACCACUGGGUGAAGGCAGGGACGCUGCGCGGAACAUGGCAGUUAACUUCCUUGCAGAGGAAAAGAUCUGGUUCGAUAAAUACAAGUAUGAUGAUGCCGAGGCUCAAUACUACAUUAAACUGAACAGCCCAGUCUCCGGCAAAGUACAGAAUUCGCCAGCCAAGCAGGAGAAUGGAGCGAGUAACAUCCUUCGAGACAUUGCCAGAGCCAGGGAGAAUAUCCAGAAGUCACUGGCCGGAAUCCAAUCCACUUGGGAGGCCAGUGAUAAUCCCAAAGAAACAAUCCAGGAUAACGUCGAUCCCACUUCAAGCCACAGUGCUGUGCAAUGUUCAGAUAUCGAGAUGUGUGCCCGGGUCAUCAGCCUAGAGAAGGAGAAUCAGAGCUUGCACCAGGUGGUGGAAGACCUGCGGUUGGCAAUGUCAAAGUUGGAAGCCCGUGUGUCCACAUUGGAGAAAUCUUUGGUCAGAACACAGCCUGCAAUCUGCCCACAAGCCCAACACAACAAGCCCAGCACAACGAAGCCCGAGGUUAAGAAGAAUGAAGAUGAUGAUGAUCAAGAUGACAUUGAUCUCUUCGGAAGCAGUGAUGAUGAUGAGAAGGCAGAAACGGAUAGGGUCCGUGAGGAACGCUUACGUCAGUACGCGGAGAAGAAAUCCAAGAAACCUGCCGUCAUCGCCAAGUCCUCCAUCCUCCUGGAUGUGAAACCAUGGGACGACGAGACAGACAUGGUGAAGCUGGAGGAGUGUGUGCGGACUAUCCAGAUGGACGGCUUGGUGUGGGGAGCCUCCAAACUCGUCCCUGUCGGGUAUGGCAUCAAGAAGCUCCAGAUCCAGUGUGUGGUGGAGGAUGACAAGGUCGGCACAGAUCUGCUGGAGGAAGAAAUCACCAAGUUUGAGGAUUACGUGCAAAGCGUUGAUAUUGCUGCUUUUAACAAGAUCUAAAGACUGCUGAGUCUUUGCAAAAUUACUGAAGAAUAAAGGAGAAUUGAGAUA